GAUUUUCAGACGCAAAUAAUGCCCGCUUUUCAUGAACCUUAGAGUCGCUGACGGGACUUGAUGCAAGAUGGGCGCAGAGCAUCGAGCAGGUCUUUGCUCCGUGUGCCUCAUCUCGGUUGCCACAGUUUGCACCACCCAACUGACCCGCAGCGCACAGAAUCAUUUACAUGCGCCUGGCUUUGUGGCGUAUGUGCACAUUGCCAUGAUGACUUUACUGCUACCACUGGCAUGGGCUUGCAGGAAGGAUGAUUCCAGUCCCUUUCUGGCGAGUGCCAAAGAUGUUUGCGUGUUUCUCCCGCUUUGGGUUGUCUCCAACUACGGCUUGGUCCAAGCCCUUGCCUUGGCUCCAGCUGGUCUGGUGCAAUGCCUUUUUGGCACUGGUCCUGCACAGGUGGCAAUCCUAAGUCGAGUUUUCCUGGAGGAACCUCUGACAUCGCUUCGUAUUUUGGCGGUACUUUUGGCUUUUGCAGGCGUUUUAGCUUUGGCGGCGCACGCCAAGUUUCAAGGCGACUCUGCUCUCAACGUGUUGCUGGGAACUUGUUGCGCCCUGCUGGCUGUGGUGGCAGCUGCCUGCUACAAGGUUGCCUUCAAGCUUCGCUUGGGGACGCCUCCAGCCUAUGUGGUCCUGGGGGUGGUCGGAACCUUGGGCCUUGUGGCCACUGUUUUGGGUUUGCCCGUGGUGCUGCUUCUGUCCUUCCUGGGCUUGGAAGAUCGAUGGUGGAGCAGCUCCGCGACAGUGGACUGGUCCUUAGUUUUUGGCAGCGCAGCCUUUGACAUGGUCUACAACACUUCCAUGGCGUGGGGUUUGGCGGUGAGCAGCCCUGUCUUUGUGUCUCUUGGGGCCAAUGUGGGUACUCCAGUCAACAUGUUCGUGGAUGCAGUGUUGCACGGAGACUGGCCCUCGCUUCCGCAAUAUUGUGGCACAGUUCUCAUCGCCAUCUCUUUCAUCAUGUUGGUCUUUUGCGAAUCGGGCCAAGCACGCCCGGUCACACGGCAAGUGAGCCAAUCGUUGAUCAUGGCCAGCAGCUGAAUUAUUCGGGAGAUUGGCUCGAAAUGGGAUGAAUCUUUUGGUGUC